UGGCUAACGUUAAGUAGCUUCCUGUGACAACUACAGUGACACCGGUCGUGGUGAUCCACCUACAGCUGCAAACAUCCCUCCGGUACUCUUCAGUCAUAAAGAGAAACUCUAAACUAACUGUCUACAGAGGGGACCUGUCUGUCGGCUUGAAGCGUCAUCACCACCCUCGGACUGUCCGCGGCUCUCGUCCUUUAAUCGGCCAGGUGCUGACGUCCACUGCUCUUUGAUCAUUGUCGAUUAUCGAUUUACCGCGUAUUGUCCAGCCUCACCCAGCCCCACUGUGGAUCUUUAGCCUCUCCAGCAGGACAGUGGCAGAGGCAGAGCCAGAACCAUCGGGGACCAGACCAGCAGGCAGCAGGGCUCCAUGAGCACGACGGGACAGCAGCAUGCGGGGGGGCUGCGUUCUCGCCGAGGCCUUAGCCGGGACAAAGACCCCGGGCAGGGCAUGGGCAUGGAGACGGCCUGCUGGCUGGCCCCCGGAGUGCUGCGCAGGCUUAUAGAGCUGCCCUCACCUCCCCUGUCUCGACACCAGCUUAAAAGACUGGAGGAGCACAGGUACAGCAGUGCAGGACGCUCCCUGCUGGAGCCUCUGAUGCAGCGUUACUGGGAAUGGUUGGUUGGACGAGUCCCUUCUUGGAUUGCACCCAACCUCAUCACUAUCAUCGGCCUGGCCACCAACGUCUUCACCACCCUCGUGCUGAUCUACUACUGCCCAACGGCCACUGAACAGGCUCCUCUCUGGGCAUACCUGUUGUGUGCUGUGGGUCUGUUUAUCUAUCAGUCAUUGGACGCCAUUGACGGCAAGCAGGCCAGACGCACCAACAGCAGCUCUCCGCUGGGCGAGCUGUUUGACCAUGGCUGUGACUCCCUCUCCACCGUAUUUGUGGUGUUGGGAACCAGUAUAGCAGUACAGAUGGGUACCAACCCCGACUGGAUGUUCUUCUGCUGCUUCGCCGGGAUGUUUAUGUUCUACUGCGCCCACUGGCAAACAUACGUGUCGGGAACGCUGCGCUUCGGCAUCAUUGAUGUGACUGAGGUGCAAAUCUUCAUAAUAAUCAUGUAUUUGCUGGCCGCCGUGGGAGGAUCGGCUUUUUGGCAGUCACUGAUUCCAAUCCUAAAUAUCCAGAUGAAAAUGGUUCCUGCCAUCUGCACUUUUUUAGGAGCCAUCUUUUCCUGCACCAAUUACUUCAGAGUUAUUUUUACAGGAGGUGUGGGCAAAAACGGAUCCACAAUAGCAGGAACCAGUGUUCUCUCUCCGGUCUUGCAUAUUGGUUCGGUUAUAAUUUUGGCCAUGAUGAUAUACAAGAAGUCUGCUGUCCAGCUCUUCGAGAAACAUCCGUGUCUUUACAUCCUGGCGUUUGGCUUCGUCUCGGCCAAAAUCACCAAUAAAUUAGUAGUAGCACAUAUGACUAAAAGUGAGAUGCAUCUCCACGAUUUAGCCUUCCUGGGACCAGGACUACUGUUCCUGGAUCAGUAUUUCAAUAGUUUUAUUGAUGAGUACCUGGUGCUGUGGAUUGCACUGAUCAUUUCCUUUUUUGACUUGGUGCGUUACUGUGUCAGUGUUUGCAACCAGAUUGCCUGCCAUCUUCAUAUUUUUGUUUUUAAAAUCAAGCCUUGUUCAGUGCUCAGUGCAGCUCCUCACUGAGGACACGCCGGCCAUUACUGACUCUGUCCCUUCCUGUUAGUCGCACUCAUCUUUUUCUUCCCUCUGUUUUCCACGUAGCGAUGCAGGGGAUGACGUGGUGUAAAGUAUGCGCUUCAGCCAACUGAAUGUGAGGACAAAUAAUAUAUAAUAAGAUACUGGAGUAUUACUGUCAUUGUUUCUUUUUCACCAGUGCAGAAUUGAAUUUGUACCAGUUUCAUCUUCUGCCCCCCAAUAAUAAGAAAUCUCCUUCAGACAAACUCAUGGUUACACAGAGCAAAUAUUUCAGGAGAGUACAGGUGCUACUCGGUAUGUUAAAGAAGAGAAACUUAAACUUAAGUGUGUUUUAACGUUUCAUGUGCAAAGAAAAUGUAUAGGAAAUGAAUCAAACUCCUUGCUUUUCAUGAUUAUAAUUUUUGUAAUAUUUGCAUAACGUUACCUUUUGCUAUUGUAAAUAUCAAACUGUUAUUCUGUCUGUGCUUCUCUUUCAAGUUUAAAAAAAUUCCUUUCCUUCAUGUAUAUGAUUUUGAACUUCAUCUCCUACACGUUACAUGAAACUGUGCAAGUGUUUCACAUCAGCAAAAUGCGCUUUUGGAGGAAACGUAAUGUCGACUUUGUUACCUUUUUUUUCGUUUACAUAUCACAAUGUUCUUCUGCAAAGGUUUUAGUUUUUCAGUUUGUGAACUGAAUGCACUUUGUUAAAGUACACAUGGGAUUUUUGGGACAGUGUUCAAGUUUGGGUAGGACUUUUGUGUGUAUUUAUUAUCAUAUGUAAUGUUUUCUGCUAAUAUUUUCACUCUGAAAGUGAUAGUUUUGUUAAUUCUUCAUAGAGUUCCUCUAAUUUAUGCUUUUUCUUGUAAAAAGAUAAGGACGUGCACAAGAGGAAAAGACACAACAGCCACAGUCAGUUUUUUUAAACAUAUAACAAAUGUAUUUUAACUCAAAGAUUCACUUACUAACAUUCAAAGCUAUGCAGGUACGCAUUAAAGGUCCAGAAGCUAGUAAGUAGGCCUUUUAGGUGAAGAAUGAACUUUGAUGCUCAGAUUUCCUCAAAUUUUGCUGGUGAUAGGUACAAAGCUCCAGAUGUUUUUAAGUGAAGCUGCCUGAUGUGAACACGUCUGUCCUCUUUCCUUCUGACUGCUUUGAAUUACUGUACUCGGACCAGAUCAAAGUCACAGAUCACUCCGCUACUCUGCGCUGUUUUUUUAUUUUGGUCCCUUAUCUCUACCUAGUAUUAGUAUUCUAUACUUUUGUUAAUGUCAACACAUUUCGUGAAAAGACCAAAACCUUUUGUUAGUUAGUAUCUCAAAACUUUCUGACUGUCCUACUCAAACUCAUUGGUUCCUACAAAAAAAAAACACCUCACAAAAAUGUAGCUUUAAUGUACUGUAGUUUUAGGAAAUGUUUUUGAAAUGGAUGAGGUUAGCACUCAGUCAAAAUGUGUGUGUGUGUGAUAACGAAGCGACAUGUCACUCAGUGCAACAGUGCGGCUCAUUGAUGUGUUUUUGUAUAGUUUUUAGACAACAAUGGAGCUGUAUGGCACAGAGGAAGAACAGAUAUCAGACUCUAGAUUCACAGAAAAUACUUUAUUCAUGAUUGGUUUUGGUCUUUUCACAGGAUUUGUUGACAAUAAGAAAAAUACAGAGUAUCACCAGUCUUAUCCUUUAAAAUGAUCAAAUACCUGACGCCAUGACGGUUAUUUAUGUGAAUGUCACACUCCUUCCUGUGCUGCUACUUAAUUGAAUCACUGUUUUAAGAAAUGUGUUCAUUAAUGAAUUAUCUGGUUGACAUUGCGUUUCCCCCAAAACAAACCUGCUGAAGCAUAAGCAGGUGCACGUGGACUGAAUGUGUAAGUUGAGUUCACACAAUGACGUCACAGUUUUUAAGGUGGUGGCUGAUGAGAAUCAGAUCAAACGUUUGUCCCUGACAGUUAAUAAAAACCUUUUUAUUUGAAGUGGCUGCUGCUCACUACCUA